CUCACCUUUUCUAGUCACAUUUACCGCCUACCAUGUGCCACUGCCCUUCAGCUUAUCGAGCCUCCUCCGAACGAUCAGCGAACCCAUCCGGCCUACAGCACCGCACUCUCCAAGCCUGACGACGCCGUGAUCGCGGUUCCAAAUCCGAGCAACGACUACAAGACUUGUGUUCUCAGUGGACUCAGUCCUAGUUCCACAAUAGAAAUCCGCACUCGUGUGCUCACCCUC